CAGAAAUCAUGGCAUCUUUUGCUUUUUUCUGAUUCGGAUAUCAAAUGCACAAAAAGACUUACCCAAGAACCUGCCAGGACACAAGAUUCGUGGUCUUCUAGUACACGCACUCUAAUUCCUCCUAACUGUUUGAAAAGCAGUUUUGAACUUGCUUGAGAGUUAAACAGGUGUUUGGUGUCGCUCUUGCAGCAGAGAACUCUGUGAAUUACUUUUCCCCCAUGUAGUGACAUGACACGCGUGGCUUCAUGGCGUCAGUGUUCCGGGGCUGUUGGGGCUGCGCGCCGCGGCCGCUUUCUGGAGUGCAGUGAGCGCGCGCGCGCACGCGCCGAGGCCGGACACCGAGCAGCGCCGCGAGCUCGCCCUGAAUGUGCUGCUGGCGUGGAGGGUUGUGGCGCGUGCCGCCGUCCGAGCGGCUGCAGCAUGAAGUGAGGAUGGUGGAGGAGACGGCCGCCCCUCUCAGAAACGCUUCAUCCUCCCGCGGAAACGACGAGACUCUCUCGUUCCCUUGGAAGCUCACUCUGCUGGCAGGCGUGCUUAUCACCACUAUAGUGGUGGACGUGCUGGGCAACCUGUUGGUCAUCGUGUCGGUAUUCAGAAACAGGAAACUCAGGAAAACAGGAAAUGCCUUUGUGGUGAGUUUGGCUGUAGCAGAUCUUGUAAUUGCCAUCUAUCCUUACCCGAUGGUCUUAACUGCUAUCUUCAACAACGGCUGGAUCGCAGGAAACAUCCACUGCCAAAUCAGUGGCUUUGUGAUGGGGCUCAGUGUCAUCGGCUCCAUCUUUAACAUAACAGGCAUCGCCAUCAACCGCUACUGUUACAUUUGCCACAGCCUUAACUAUGACAAGAUCUUCUCCAGAUGGAACACUGUGUGCUAUGUGGUGCUCGUGUGGGUCCUCACCAUCAUAGCCAUCACGCCCAACUGGUUCGUAGAAUCUUUGCGAUAUGACGCACGUGUUUUUUCAUGCACGUUUGCCCAGUCAGUCAGCUCACUCUACACUAUCAUGGUGGUGGUGGUGCAUUUCAUCCUUCCUAUCAGCAUUGUCACCUACUGCUACCUGCGCAUCUGGAUCCUUGUCAUCCAGGUGCGAAAACGCGUCAAACCAGACAACCGGCUCAAAAUCACGCCACAUGACCUUCGUAACUUUCUCACCAUGUUUGUGGUGUUUGUGCUGUUUGCUGUGUGCUGGGCGCCGCUGAACUUAAUUGGCCUGGCAGUGGCCAUCCAGCCUACUCUAGGCCAGCACAUUCCUGUGUGGCUCUUUACAGCCAGUUACUUUAUGGCUUAUUUCAACAGCUGCUUGAAUGCUGUUAUCUACGGCGUACUCAACAACAAUUUUCGAAAAGAGUACAAAAGAAUUGUGCUCUGUCUUUUUAAGUUCCAUUGUUAAUUUUGUUUUUUUUCCACAAAGAGGAGACGUGCACUGUGAAUUUUACUAGCAUACAAAUUACCCCGAAUUCACUGUUUGUUUUGCAUCAUUCAUGGCAUCUCAUGUUUUUUACUGUAUUUCUUUAUAAAACUUAAUGGACAGGGACAUAUUGUGUACAUUGAAAUAUUUUAUACAGUAUGCUUAGGUUUGUGUAUCAAUGUGUGAUCUGAAUGUACAACAUACCUUUACAACAUACUAUAAUUAAAGGACAGAAUAUC